UCAUUUGGUCUUUUGUGCUAAGCAGGAGAGAAGAGUCCGAUCGAGCAGCGGUGUCGCUUCCCUCUUCCCCGGAUCCUUUUAAAACUCCCUCCCGAACCUCUCCCCUUCCACCCUUGCCACCCUACCCACCCCCUGAACACUCUUCAAGGGACGGUUCGGACUUUAAGCCUGUGACCAAAGACUCACUCACUUCGUCGGCCAGUUUAGUUUCUGGAAUUAGCUGCAGCAAUGGACUCAAGUCUGGUUGAAGGAGGACUUAAUGUCACCUUAACCAUCAGGCUACUCAUGCAUGGGAAGGAGGUUGGAAGCAUCAUCGGCAAGAAAGGAGAAUCGGUUAAGAAGAUGAGAGAGGAGAGUGGUGCUCGCAUCAACAUCUCGGAGGGAAACUGUCCAGAGAGGAUCAUAACCCUUGCAGGACCCACCACCUCCAUUUUCAAAGCCUUCUCCAUGAUCAUUGAGAAGCUGGAGGAGGACAUCAGCACCUCAAUGACUAACAGUACGGCCACCAGCAAACCGCCAGUCACCAUGCGCCUUGUUGUGCCUGCCAGCCAGUGUGGCUCGCUCAUUGGCAAAGGUGGCUGCAAGAUCAAGGAAAUCAGAGAGUCAGCAGGAGCUCAGGUACAAGUAGCAGGGGACAUGUUGCCCAACUCAACAGAGCGUGCCAUCACCGUUGCAGGGACCCCACAGUCCAUUAUCGAGUGUGUCAAGCAGAUCUGUGUUGUCAUGCUCGAGUCUCCACCUAAGGGAGUAACCAUCCCGUACAGACCCAAACCCUCAGGCUCUCCUGUCAUCUUUGCAGGUGGUCAGGCAUACGCUGUCCAAGGGCAGCACGCCAUUUCACAGCCUGAUCUCACCAAACUUCACCAGCUGGCCAUGCAGCAGAGCCCUUUCCCCAUUGCACACGGCAACCAGAGCUUCCAAGCUGGGAUGGAUGCCUCUGCACAAACUGGCUCUCAUGAGCUGACCAUUCCAAAUGAUCUCAUUGGUUGCAUCAUUGGUCGCCAGGGUGCAAAGAUCAAUGAGAUCCGUCAGAUGUCAGGUGCUCAGAUCAAGAUUGCCAAUCCUGUGGAGGGCUCAACUGACAGACAGGUCACCAUCACUGGCUCCCACGCCAGUAUCAGCCUGGCUGAGUACCUGAUUAAUGCUCGGUAA